GUCCGACAAAGAUAGUACUAGUAUUUCAAGUAACUAUUCAACUAGCAUAGUUGCUACUUCGAGCUCUGAAUUUAGAGUUCGGAAAAGUUCAUCAAAUUAAUAUUUAGGGUUAUUCAGGAAUUUGAAUGGCGUCGGCUCAGUCUGCAUUUGAUUUCACCGUCAAGGAUGCUAAAGGAAAUCAAGUGGAUUUAGGAAUUUACAGAGGCAAAGUGUUGCUGAUUGUGAAUGUUGCCUCCAAAUGUGGGAUGACCAACUCGAACUACAUUGAGCUAAAUCAGUUGUAUGAGAAGUACAAAGAUCAAGGCCUGGAGAUUCUGGCUUUCCCAUGCAAUCAAUUUGGCGAAGAAGAACCUGGAAGCAAUGAUGAAAUUAUGGAUUUUGUCUGCACUCGAUUCAAGUCAGAUUUUCCCAUCUUUGACAAGAUUGAGGUCAAUGGAAAUGAUGCUGCUCCAUUAUACAAGUUCUUGAAGUUGGGAAAGUGGGGGAUCUUUGGUGAUGACAUUCAGUGGAAUUUCGCCAAGUUCUUGGUCGACAAGACUGGGCACCCUGUUGAUCGCUAUUACCCCACAACAUCACCUCUUACAGUUGAGGUACUCGAUCACCUAAAAACGAAUAUGUUCUGUGUCUACCUCCCUUUCCUCUACGGCAUCAUAAAUGUGAUUAAUAUGAUACAACGCCAUUGUAACCAUUUUCUUGAUCGCAGAGAGAUAUUAAAAAUCUCUUGGGGCUUCCAUGAGUCGACUGAUGAGAAAUCCAUGCUCUCGGAAGGUACUAUUAUCGAACCUUUGAUGGUGAUUAGUUCAAUCAAUGUGUCUGUUCCGUUUUGUGGAAACUGAUUAUUGAGAUCUAAAUAGUAGAAGCCUCAUGUAACUAUGAUAACUCUCUUGUAAUGUAAUUGCUUGAAAAUGAAAUAACUCGUGAACUUUGUAUCAACUUUUUUUAUUGCAAUUCUUUUUUGACUCUUUA